GGAAGUGACCAUGCCACGCCGGAGCUGUGGCGCUAGGAAACCGGACUUCGGUUGCUGCGCUUGGACUCUCGCGUUUGCUUUAUCUCUACGGCUUUGGCCGAAUAAGGGGUUGAAAGACAGGGUAGAGCGGCCUUAUCUCCGCGGGACGGAGAUGUGCUCCUCCUACUUCCGGCCCCGGAAGUGAAGAAGUAAAAAAAAAAAAAGGCGGGGGCGUCGCCGCCGCCGCCAUGGCAACCGCGGGAAGCCGGCGGAAGGAGCCGAGCUCAGAGGGGCGGUAUCAGAACGAGCGGAAGAAGGAAAGAAGCGAGGCGGCGACGUCACGGCGGGGGCGUGGCGAACGUUACUUUUCGCGCGGGAAAUUGGGUUCUGCUGGGUGUUGAUCUGAAGUGGCCGCGCGGUGAGUGGCAGGUGGCUUUGGAGGAGUGGGUUUCUGGUUUACAGGGAGAAAAUGCUGUUUACUGGAAGCAGCAGACGGAAGUUGUUGAAGGUGGUGGCUGAUAGACAGGAUCAAUACCCUCUUAGCCUUCAGUUCUACCUGCAGCCUCCCACUGAAAAUAUAUCUCUAAUAGAAUUUGAAAGUUUUGCUGUUGACAGACUCAAAUUACUCAAAGUAGUAGAGAACUUGGGUGUCAGUUAUGUGAAAGGUUCAGAUGAUUAUAAUAGAAAGCUGGCAUCCGAAAUUCGGGCUCUUAAAUUUCCGUACAAGGCUUUGGCUGAAGAGGAUUAUGAUGCAAGAAGAAAAGAUCACAUUUCUCAUUUCAUAUUGCGUCUUGCCUACUGCCAAUCGGAGGAGCUUAGGCGGUGGUUUAUCCAGCAAGAAAUGGAUCUUUUCCGCUACAGAUUCACUCAGCUAAGUGGAGAAUUGACUAAAAAGAUCCUUGAAAAUGUCAGCUUGUCAUAUGAUGUUAUUCCAGAAUCCAAAAAGUUGAACAUUGGAGAGAAGCUGCGAAACUCAACUCCUGGUUUGGGUGGUGUUAAAAUAGAAGAGUUUGUCUUUUAUAAGGUUCCUUUCUGUGAUGCUGUGGAUUUAGUCCGUGUGAGAAAAGUUUACCUUCAUGGCGGCUAUGCCUAUGUACCUCAGCAAGAUUUUGUUACCAUUGUUCUGAACAAUUACAGAACCAAACUGUCAAAAGCCCUGGCACUCACAGCACGGUCAUUGCCAAUUGUACAAACAGAUGAGAGACUCCAGCCUCUGCUCAGUCAUCUCAGUCAUGCAUAUGUUGGUCCAGAUUACAGCACUGAAAGAAACAUUGGGAAAAUUUCAUUAGAACAGAUUGACACUCUUUCCGUUAAAUCAUUUCCUCCCUGCAUGCGCCAACUGCACAAAGCUCUGCGUGAUAACCAUCAUCUCCGUCAUGGAGGCCGUAUGCAAUAUGGUUUGUUCCUAAAAGGCAUCGGUUUAACACUAGAACAAGCUCUGCAGUUCUGGAAAUCUGAAUUCAUCAGAGGAAAAGUGGAUGCAGACAAGUUUGACAAAGGAUAUGCUUACAGCAUCCGACAUUCCUAUGGAAGAGAAGGCAAGAGAACUGACUAUACUCCAUUCAGCUGCAUGAAAAUUAUAAUGUCCAACCCACCAGGCCAAGGGGAUUAUCACGGGUGCCCAUUCCGUCACAGUGAUCCUGAGCUGCUGAAGCAGAAGCUGCAGUCGUAUAAAAUCCCUCCCUCUGGGAUUGCUCAGAUUUUGGAACUGGUGAAGGGCAUGCACUAUCAGUUGGCCUGUCAGAAAUACUUUGAGCUGACCCAUGACGUCAAUGAUACUGGGUUUUCUUUGAACCACCCAAAUCAGUAUUUUGCAGAGAGCCAGCAGCUACUCGGUGGCAUCAAGGAUAUCAAGAAAGAACAAAGGCAGCCCGAAAACUCCCAACCAAAGCACAGCAGCCAGACAAGUAUAAAUAAAACCUCCACUUCCUCUUCUGUAAAUACAACAGAGGAAAUGGAACUGGAGGGACUCGAUGACUACUUUGCUGAAGAUUAAGAAGCAUCUGUUUCCAUUUUGCGUCAUACUUUUUACCAUCUCUGUAUUUUGAAGUAGCUCUUUUGAGGGUCAGGAACUGGCAUCAUGGUGUACAUAGGCCUCUUGAAUGCUGCCUUAAACAGAAAAAGGAAAACACUUUGUCAAGCAUCCAGCUUGUGCAUCAGUUUUGAAAAGAAAACUGCAACGUCGUUUGCAAGAUCGAACGACGGUGCGUUUCCAUUUCUGUGAGCAAAGCCUUCUAUGUUGCUAAACCUCCCACCUCCUCCCUGGGCUCUCUGUUACCGUGCAGCUUAUUGCCUUCUCUAUUUUUCUUAAUAAAGCGGAUUCUGAAAUGUAGAUGAGUGGAUGCAUUGCUUGCGGUUUUUAGGUGAUAACUGCUAGAUAGCAUUACAUGCAAUUCAUAACAGCUUAUGAAUGGCUUGUAGAAAUAUACAAAAGCUGUCUUGCUGUGAUCUGAAGUAGCAAAGACUGCUGUUUGAAAAAGAAACUAGGUUUUAACUGCAUGAUGCCAAAUAUAUUUACACUUAAAUGGGUGGAUUGGUCAUAGCCACCAUAAUUAAAAUGAAGAGCUUCACAUCCAUUCACAUCAUGGGCUUCCAUCGCCUCUCAGCUUCGUGGAGGGACAGUUUCUGUGUCUGUGUAUUUUGACAGAACAAAUUGUUUAAUAAAAAAAUCAGAGAGUGUAAAAAGGAUAACUGAA